AAACUAUAAAACCUAUAAUCUUUAUGAUAUGCUCCUUUCUCUACCUUAUUAUGAGAUAAGGGCUUAUUUAUUUAUUUACUUAUUUAUAUCCUACUAGGUUGUACCGCACUGAAGGCGUCACGUAGAUCGUUUUUUUUCUGCACACACAUUUCUGCAUCGUGAAGAAUAUGUGUAGAAGUUUAAUUAUCCGACUUCGCGGGGACUUCACCGCCAGAUGGUGCACUUUAUAAUCUAUAACGCUGCAAGGAUAAUUCACAAGAAUGAAAUAUUUUCCUGAUAUGAAAAUGGCAAACUUUGUGUUCAAUUAAUCACCAUCUCUGAGACGUUUCUGAUUAAAACAGCGGAACUUGCGUGAGUGAAUAUCGCUUGUAGACGGUGAGGAUUCAGCCCGUGCUGCGGAUGGCCGUCCGUGCAGCCCCUGCCUGUGUGCAGGCUGCACCGGCUGCACGCCCAGAUCACUCUCCACUAGGAACGGCGAGGCAGAGCAGCAGCUGGUCUUCGACAUGGCUAAAGAAGGAGCAGACAUGACAGAGGAAACCGAGUACAUGAUAGACAAAAAUGUUAAGAAAGAAAUAGACAACGUGGAGACGUCUGGCAAUGCCAAAGAAAUGCGAGCGGUGAUGUUGGCAGGUUUCGGAGGUCUUAACAAACUCAGGGUGACCAAGAAGGCAAUGCCCGAACCUCAGGAUGGUGAAGUGAAGAUCCGCGUCAAAACAUGUGGCCUGAAUUUCCUGGAUCUGAUGGUACGUCAGGGGACUAUUGAUAAUCCUCCCAAACCCCCUCUUGUCCCCGGAUUUGAAUGCUCUGGAAUAGUAGAGUCAGUGGGUGAAAACACAAAGGGAUUUGAGAUAGGCGACAGAGUUAUGGCUUUUGUGAAUUACAACGCCUGGGCGGAGGUGGUUUGUGCACCCGUGGAUUUCGUCUACAAGAUGCCAGAUGAAAUGACGUUUGCUGAGGCAGCAGCGUUCUCCCUGAACUUUGUGGCUGCCUACAUGAUGCUCUUUGAGGUUGCCAAUCUGCGAGAGGGGAUGUCGGUGUUGGUCCACUCAGCAGGAGGUGGCGUGGGUCAGGCUGUGGCUCAACUGUGCUCCACUGUGCCUAAUGUCACUGUGUUUGGGAUCUCCUCGUGUUUCAAACACGCAGCCAUUAGAGACUCCGUGGCUCACCUCUUUGACAGAAAUGUUGACUACAUCCAGGAAGUCAAAAAGAUUACUCCAGAGGGAGUAGACAUUGUGCUUGACUGCCUGUGUGGGGAGAACACAGGCAAAGGCCUGAGUCUGCUGAAGCCUCUGGGAACUUACAUCCUCUAUGGCGCGUCAAACAUGGUAACUGGGGAAACAAAGAGUUUCUUCAGCUUUGCAAAAUCUUGGUGGCAAGUGGAGAAGGUGAACCCUAUUAAGCUAUACGAAGAGAACAAAGUCAUAGCUGGGUUUUCGCUCCUCAACCUCCUCUUCAAACAAGGGAGAUGUGGCCUCGUGAAAUCAGUGAUGGACAAGCUCUUGUGUCUGUAUGAACAAAAGAAGAUCAAGCCUGUCGUCGACUCCCUCUGGGCACUGGAGGAGGUAAAAGAGGCAAUGCAGAGAAUUCAUGACAGAGGCAACAUAGGAAAACUCAUUUUGGAUGUUGAGAAGUCUCCCACCCCUCUGAUGGCCAGCGACAGCACGGAGACCAGUGAAGCAGGAGAGGAAGAAGAGGAGCCCGAGGGAGACAACGACAGCAAGGAGCGGAUGCCUUUUAUCCAUUAGACCCAACAAAAAACCCACUGCAAAACACCUAAAGACACUGGAGAGGCAGCACAAUUUCACCAGAGGAACACAACCUCACUUGUGUGUGUUUGUGUGCAUGUGCUGUAUGCAUGAAUGUAUGUAUGUGCAGUAUACUUUUGUGCCUCUUGUCUGUUUCCUAUUAUGUGUCAGUUGAUUAGUUGAAGCAACGGAUAAAUAAAGAAAAACAACCUGUUUUUCACCCAGGCCACAAAUGCAAGAGCCAUUUGAAUACAGUGCUAUAUUAUAUGCUGUACUAUGAAGUAAUUACAUGCUAGCCAAUAGUAUGAAUAGGUUUGUGUUCACUUUAUAUUUAAUGCAUCUGCCAGUGGUUUAUUAAAUUAACAGCAAACUGUAGAAGCAUUUAAACCUGCUGACCUGUUAUUGUCAUUUUAUGAUUAGCGCCCAUGAAGUAGAUUAAGUAAAGCGCAUAAGUAUCAAAUAGUAACAAGCUAACACAUCUAAAUAUUUCACAACACAGGACGAAAAGCCUUUUUUUGUGUCCAGCUGUGACAAUUACGAGUAAACAGCUGAAGUAGGUUUCAGAAAGUGACCCCAGUGUUUUAAUAGGCUCUGACCAAGAGAGUGCAUCCCUUUCUCGUGUUAAGUAAUAUGUAAGCCAGGAGAGGCAGAAAAGUCUGAGUGUAGAUAUUUGCAUGACAUUUUAUGCUAAUGUGCCAACCUUAUAUUAUGGGAUCACUAGUGCCUUUGAGCUACAAAUGAGUGUUAAAUACUUGAAAUAUAUUCCUUAUGUGCAGUUCACAUUGAACAAAAAAAAAAGGUAUUUUUAAGUGGAAAAUGAAGUGUAAUUAAAAAAAUAAAAACUUCCUCGUUGGAUUGCGUAACAAGAGGGAUUUGGACUUAUUUUUCCCACAGAACUGUAUAUUCAGAACUUACAUACAUGUUACAUGUGUAACACUGCAACUUUAUUGUUUCCAAUCAGAAAUAGCUUGGGACAGUUUUGUAAACACUCAAAUAGAACAGGACAAAUUUAAAUUUAUAUCUGCGUCAAAAUCCUGUUUGUUUUUUUUCUUGAGCAUUAAGAAGUUAGUCAGACUCAGACUACAGUCUAAGGUUUUUAGUGUUUCUGCUUUGCUUGUCUGACCAAAGUUGUUUACUUGCUGGUGCCUCACAACAAAAGUGCCAUAAAACAUAAAUGAUGAAGUAUUUUUUACAGUGAGCUGGUGUAUAAGGCUGAUUUAGUUUUGAGGAACACUGUGUAUUAAUUUAGUUAAGUAUAGCAAUCUCUGCUUUUACUCCACAUCAAAUACACCCACCUACUCUGAUAACAGAUCUGUUUUUAUUUUUCAAAGCAGAACAAAUUUGCAGAAUAUUUAAAGUUCUCUAAUUACACCACCUUGCUUAUUCAGUGUGUUUGUACUGGCUAGUUGUCUGAAUUCUUUAUCACUUUGGGCUCAUCUACAAAAACAAUAUGAGAAGUUAGUGUUUUGUCAUUGAAAAAGUAUAAAUCAGUAAAUGUGUAACUUAAAAGCUAAGAGUACUGCAUGCUUUGAAUGUGAGUGAUAAACAGUGGAGAGAUGUUUAAUGGGUUUACUAAAGUGAUAAGAUAAUUUAAUUUCUAGACUUGAAAAUUAGGAUGUUUAGACAAUUUAGGGGAAGAAAAACAUCUAAAUUUCAAUGCCUUUAGUGUCUGUUAGUGUCUGUGUGUGAGAGAGAUUUUUUGAGUAUGUGUAUUCAUAUUGCCUUGUGAAAAAAAGUGUAAUUUGUUGUUCAGCAUUGUAGUAUGUUCACAAAAUUCCUCAAACUAUGGUUUACCUGUGAUAUAUUUUUGCCACAUUUUUGUUGUGUACCUUCUUUGAGUACAGCUCUGUUUACUUGAAUAAAUUU